AUGGCGAUCACCGACUUGCACCAGACUGAGAUUGCGCUGGAGAAGACCGCCGCGCACCAUGUUGAGGAUACUCUAGGUCAUGGUGCGAUUAUUGAGGCGAAACAAGCUUCCGAUGAAGAGCAUUCGCAAACUUUGUUCCAGGGUUUGCGCGAGAAUCGGAAGGCAGUUGGAUGGUCAAUGUUGAUAUCCCUAUCGAUUAUCAUGGAGGGAUAUGAUACCAUUCUGCUGGGAAAUUUCUACGGCUAUCCCUCCUUUCAGGAAAAGUAUGGUCAGUACUAUGGCCCGGAAACUGGCUAUCAAGUUUCUGCCGCAUGGCAGUCGGGUCUCAGUAUGGCUAGUACUGUUGGCUGUAUCUUUGGCGGUAUCAUGAACGGAUACUUCGCGUCCAAAUUCGGUUACCGAGGCGUCAUGAUGGUGGCGCUCGCACUUUUGACAUGCUUCAUUUUCAUCACAGUCUUCGCCAAUUCAGCUACUGUACUGAUCGUCGGUCAAAUUUUCUGUGGAUUUGCCUGGGGAGUCUUUGCAACAGUCGGUCCCGCCUACGCCUCUGAAGUCUGCCCGACCAAUCUCCGAGGUUAUCUCACCACAUAUGUCAACUGUUGCUGGGCUAUUGGGCAGCUUAUUGCAUCAGGUGUAUUGGAUGGUCUCGUCAACAAAACUGGACAAUGGUCGUAUCGGAUUCCCUUUGCUUUGCAAUGGAUCUGGCCCGUUCCAUUGAUUGUUAUUUGUUGGUUUGCGCCUGAAAGCCCAUGGUAUCUAGUUCGCAAAGAUCGACUCGAAGACGCAAAACGCAGUUUACGUCGUCUAGCGGGUGCCAAGACAGAGGAUCAAAUCAAUGGACAGCUAGCCAUGAUGGUGCAUACGACUAAGAUUGAAGCUGAGAUCGAGGAAGGAACCACCUAUCUGGAAUGCUUCAAGGGAGUUGACCUGCGCCGAACCGAGAUCUGCUGCUGCGCAUUCAUCGGCCAGAUCAUGGCCGGUAGUACAUUCGCCUACACACCUACUUACUUCUUCGAACAAGCUGGCAUGAGCAUCAGUAAAUCAUUCCAACUUGGAGUGGGAUGUACUUCCGUCGGUCUUGUUGGAACAAUGCUGUCGUGGUUCCUCAUUACCCACUUUGGUCGACGAACUCUCUACGUCUGGGGUCAGGGUACUCUCUGCACGCUGCUCUACUUGGUCGGCAUUAUCAGUGCCGCCUCAUCUACUAGUAACAGUGGAGCCAUGUGGGCGCAAGCAGCCCUCUGCAUGGUUUGGCUAUUCGUCUAUUCAUUGACUGUCGGCCCGGUCGCUUACGCCGUUGUAUCUGAGAUAUCUUCUGUUCGCCUACGCACACUGACAGUCUGUUGUGCACGAACAGCAUACCAGAUCAUCAAUGUCGUCUCCCAAGUCCUGGAGCCAUAUUUCAUGAACCCCACCGCCUGGAACGCAUCCGGUAAGACUGGAUUUUUCUGGGGUACCACAGCGUUGAUCGCCUUCAUCUGGUCCUACUUCCGUCUUCCGGAGCCCAAGGACCGCACCUACGCGGAGUUGGAUCUUCUAUUUGCCACCAAGGUUUCCGCGCGCAAGUUUUCCUCAACGCAUGUUGACGCGUAUGCGGGUGUAUCUGCUUCUUCCCGAGAAGGUCUCGUUCAAGAGCAGGUUGUGGAGGAGGUCAAGGAGUGA